GAUAAAUAUUUGAAAUAAAAAUUGAGUGCUUCUAUUUAAUCGUCUAUUAAUAAGUUUUGUAUACUUGAUAUAAAUGAUAGUUAAGUAAAUGCUUUUAUUAUAAUCAACAAUUGAAAAUAUUUCGUACAACUCUGUAUUUAAUUAUAAUUCUGAAGGAAUAAGUUAAUUGUAGUGGAGGUGGUGGUGGUGGUACUUUCGAAGAACUGAGUCCGUUAAUGAUUCGCCAGUUUGAAAAGCUAAAGAAUUCAUCGGCGAUCUUCAGUAAAGAAGAAUACUUUGGACAGUGAACAGUGGCAUUCAAAAAAUAAAUAAACUGUUGCUUUGUGGAAGGUUUUUUUUUAUAUAUAUAUUUUGGGAAAAAUGAAGAAUGUAAUGGUCGUUAUAGGGCUAUUAGGUUAUGUACAAGCUCAAAAUGCAGUUCAAGAAGAUCCUUGUAAAGUUAAAUCUCGAGUGGUGGCUGAUAUAACGUAUUGCGACCGAUAUUGGGAAUGCGUCAACGGUCAACCCGAAUUAUACGAUUGUCCGAACGGUUUGGUGUUCGCAGGAAAAAAUAAAGGAGUAACGGAAGGAUGCGAUUAUCCUUGGAGAUCGAAUUACUGCGACGGAAAACAACAAGCCAAUCCGCCGAUCGGUACCGAUCAUUGCGGGUGGCUUUACGGUAUUUUCGGACACGAAACGUCGUGUACAAGAUACUGGACGUGCUGGAAUGGAACAGUAGUCGAACAAUUUUGCAUCGGGGGACUUUUGUACAACGAAAAAACUCAUUCUUGCGAUUGGCCGGAAAACGUAGACGGAUGCCAGAAACAUCCUCUCUGUAACGAUGACCCUAACGGUAACGUACCCCUCGGAAAAUCCUGCAACAGAUAUUGGCAAUGCCAAGGAGGUUAUCCUAGGCUCCAGAGAUGUCCCGCGAUGUUGGUUUUCGAUCGGAACGCUUUGAGAUGCGUCGUACCACCAACCGAAGAUUGCGACGUACCUUCCACCAUUCCGCCGCCGCAACGCGACGAUGACGAACUCGACAACAUUCCCCAAAAUAAUCCAAAGAACAGGGGAAAAUCCGAUUUCCCCAAUCUACCACCUGGAGCUAUACCCGUACCUGAGAAUAACCAGAAUAGAGCGAGGAAUUGAUCUUUGAAAUCGAUUUGUUAAAUUUCAAAAGUUUUGUUUGCAGUUUGAUCGAGAUCAAAAGUGAGAAUGUUGUGAAUUUUAUUACGAUUAUAGCCAGUACUUUAUUGACAAUAAAAAGAUAAAAAACUGC